CUGAGGCGGGACAUAUCCAGUCGGUUUGUUUAGAACCCUUAAACAAUAAAGUUGUAUUCAAAGUACAAAUCUUGCUGGAGAAGUGGAAACAUGGGUGCUGUAACUGAUGACGAAGUUAUUCGGAAACGUCUUCUUAUUGACGGAGACGGAGCUGGAGACGACCGGCGUAUCAAUGUUCUUUUGAAAAGCUUUACGAAAUGGUGUAAUUCGACUAGUUCGCCGGAAGAAGGAUUCACACAAUACCAGAGGAUGUUAGGUACAUUGGCACAAUGUGAAUUCUCAAUGGGAAAGACCUUGCUGGUGUAUGACAUGAACCUCCGGGAAAUGGAAAACUAUGAGAAAAUUUACACAGACAUAGAGCAAAACAUCACAUCAGCGCAUGAUAAAAUAUCAGAAUGUAAAAAGGAGAUCCAGAGGGCAAAAAGAAUUAGAAAGAAUCGUCAAGAGUAUGAUGCACUGGCAAAGGUCAUUCAGCAACAUCCAGAUCGCCAUGAAACCCUGAAGCAGUUGGAGGCACUUGACAAAGAACUCCAGCAACUGUCCCACAUAAAAGAGAAUGUGGAAGAUAAGCUGGAGUUGCGGAAAAAACAGUUCCACGUGCUCCUCACUACCAUCCAGGAACUCCAGCAGACACUGGAGAAUGACGAGAAGUCAGAGAAUGAUGACACUCAAGAAAGCUCCAUGGAAAAUGGGGAAUGAAAGGCAUCUUGCCAAAUAAUUAUGUAUUGUAGUAUUGUUGAGUGGGUAUUGUUUUUAUGACCUUUAUGUAUUUUGAUGAAUAAAGUUGUCCAUUGAUCUUC